AUGGAGUCACCACACCCAGACGAGCGACCUGUAAAGAAGCGCCGAUUCUUCAUAGAAGAGGACUCUUCACCUGUACAGGUCCGCUCACACCCCACCGACCCUCCUCCUCCGUCGUCCCCGCCACCAUUCGGCGCACAAAGACUAGACGAAAGCAAUGGAAACGAAGAGGAGGCUGAUUUUGGUAGCUUUGACGUCGGAAUGCUUCAGGCAGUCGUUGGAGAACUUUCGGCUACCGUACUGCAGAAGCUGAAGGACGUGAGCGGAAGCGAUGUACAACGAGCAAUCAACCUCUAUCUAGACGGCUCUUGGAGUAAAUUGCCAUCGCCAACCCCCGCCCCAAUAUUUCAGCCCCGUCGGCAGCCAGUUCAGAUGACAAUAGCGAAUGCGAUGAAGCGUACCGAUUCCGAAAUGUCAAGCGCCUCCACACCGGGCUCGGGUACCUCUACACCACAAAUGUUGCAAGAAAUGCCCAGCAAACGCUAUAUCGGUUCAUUCGGUGUCGCAGCCUGGGCAACCAAGAGCGGAAGCAACUUACUGAAACACGACGAGAAGGUUCGAAUCGAGCGCAUGAAGCCACAACCCAAACUGAACAAGGCAAAGAAGGUCAUCCAACUCAAGAAGCCAGAUAUCGUAGUCAGGUUUCUCAAUGGGCGAGGGGAGGAAGUUGGCAGACUGGACAACGACUCUGCGACUUGGGUCUCUGUGCUAGUGGAUCAGAAGGUGUGCUCUUUCGAGGGCUCCGUUGUGUAUACGCCCGACAAGUUACGGACCGGCGAUACCAUCUAUCUACAGUUACGAGCCUAUUUCAUUCGUGCAGCAUUCGACAAGCGGCAGUUCGCCAAACCGGACAACAACCGAGAGAUCAACCUGUUUGAGCAGAAGGAGUCGUCUGAUGAGCGAGACCUUCGUUUACGCCAGAUUGGCCUCGUCAAGCUAUUUGAAAACAUUAAUCUCCAGCCGACUCGCGAGAACGAAACAACAGCGAAGCAUAAGCGACAAGGUCUGCUACAAGCGGCUGAGAUCGAUGAAAAGAAGAGCGAUAAGCCAAAGCCAAAGAAUGCGACAUCAGCAACGCCUGCGACCCCUACCGACCCUACAUCCUCACCACCGCCCGACGAAGCCGAAGACGGAGAAGAGUUGGAACAGGAUCAGCUGGACUCGUUGUACAAGAAGGCGCAGUCGUUCGACUUCAAUACCCCAACCAUGGAGCCAGCCAGCACCUUCCGCAUGGACUUGCGAAAGUACCAGAAGCAGGCGCUGUUCUGGAUGGUCAGCAAAGAAAAGGAUCAGUCGAUUGAAGACAAGGAGACCUCCAUGCAUCCGUUGUGGGAGGAGUAUCAGUGGCCAACACAAGAUGCAGACAACCAGCCAGUACCAGCCGUUGGAGACCAGACUAUGUUCUACGUCAAUCCCUACUCCGGCGAACUUUCGCUUGAGUUCCCGAAACAGGAGCAGAACUGCCUCGGCGGUAUACUCGCGGAUGAGAUGGGUCUCGGCAAGACUAUCGAGAUGCUUAGCUUGAUCCAUACACACAGGACAGAAGUCGACGACGAAAUGCCAGCGACACCGAAGCGUCUCCCGCGGUUGCAGAAAGCUAGUGCUGAUGUUGAGCCUGCGCCAUACACCACGCUUGUCAUAGCGCCAAUGUCACUACUGGCGCAAUGGCAUAGCGAAGCUGAGAAGGCAUCUAAAGACGGAACACUGAAAGCCAUUGUUUACUACGGUUCGGAAAAGGCCGUGAAUCUACAAAAGCUCUGCUGCGCCUCGAAUGCAGCUAAUGCGCCUAACAUUAUCAUCACAAGUUAUGGCACAGUACUAUCAGAGUACAACCAGGUCAUUGCGCAGGAUGGUAAUCGAGGCUCGCAUGGCGGCAUCUUCUCACUCGAAUACUUUCGAAUCAUUCUUGAUGAAGCGCACUAUAUCAAGAACCGACAGUCGAAAACGGCGAAAGCCUGCUACGAACUCAGUGCAAGACAUCGAUGGGCCCUUACAGGAACACCAAUCGUCAACCGCUUGGAAGACUUAUUCAGUCUAGUCCGCUUCCUCAAGGUCGAGCCGUGGGCAAACUUCUCCUUCUGGAAGACGUUCAUCACAGUACCGUUCGAAUCGGGCGACUUUGUACGUGCCUUGAAUGUUGUGCAGACCGUACUAGAGCCACUGGUGCUUCGUCGAACGAAGGAUAUGAAGACGCCUGAUGGCGAGGCCCUGGUACCGCUGCCAUUACGGACGAUCGAGGUCGAGAAGAUCGUAUUGUCACAGGCCGAACGAGAUGUAUACGACCACAUCUACUUGCGGGCAAAGAGCUUUUUCAGUGCUAAUGCGGAUGCUGGUACUUUGAUGAAGUCGUACACGACCAUCUUCGCCCAGAUUCUGCGACUGCGGCAAUCGUGCUGUCAUCCCGUCUUAACCCGCAAAGCCAAUAUUGUCGCCGAUGAAGAAGACGCCACGCUAGCAUCAGAUCUUGCAAACGGACUGGCAGAUGACAUGGACCUUUCUUCUCUCAUUGAGCGCUUCACAACUGACAGCGACCAAGAUGUCAACAAGUUCGGCGCACACGUCUUGAAGCAAAUCCAAGACGAAGCAGCAGCUGAAUGCCCAAUUUGCUCAGAAGAACCUAUGAUCGAGCAAGCAGUGACCGCCCACCAGCGCGACAAGAACGAAAUCCCCCGCUGCUUCAACUGCCGUGAACCCAUCAACGCACGCGACGUCUUCGAAGUAGUCCGCCACGACCACGUCACCGAAGACGAUGAAGAAAUCAACCACGCCUUCCGCGCUGCCGAUGCACCACCUCCAUCCACACAAACCCCCCGCAUAAGCCUCCGCCGCAUCGGCCUCUCCGGUUCCGCAAAAACCCAAGCCCUCCUCGGCCACCUCAAGAAAACCCGCAAAGAAGAAAAAGGAGCCAAAACCGUUGUAUUCUCCCAAUUCACAUCCUUCCUCGACCUUAUUGAGCCAGCCCUGACCCGCGACCACAUCCCCUUCCUCCGCUUCGAUGGCUCCAUAAGCCAAAAAGCCCGGGCCCAGAUUCUUACCGAAUUUACCAAGUCACAUAAACCCUACGUCCUACUUCUCAGUCUACGAGCGGGUGGUGUAGGGCUGAAUUUGACGUGUGCGAAUAAAGUAUUCAUGAUGGAUCCAUGGUGGAGUUUUGCGGUCGAAGCGCAGGCUAUUGAUCGUGUGCACCGGAUGGGGCAGGAGAGGGAGGUUAAGGUAGUGAGGUUUUGUGUGGAAGGGAGUAUCGAGGAGAAGAUGCUUAGGAUACAGGAAAGGAAGAAGUUCAUUGCGAGUUCAUUGGGUAUGAUGAGUGAUGAGGAGAAGAGGGUGCAGAGGAUUGAGGAUAUUAAGGAGUUGUUGAGUUAG